AUGAGGGCUUCACUGUCACCCCUCAGCGUCCUUCUCUUCAGCCUGCUGUAUGUCAGCCAGCUGCAGCUCGGCCACACCAUGGACAUUUCAUCAGGGUCUCGUCUUCGCCAGGAAGACUUCCCUCCUCGCAUCGUGGAGCACCCCUCCGACCUCAUUGUGUCCAAAGGGGAACCCGCCACUCUCAACUGCAAGGCCGAGGGCCGUCCAACCCCGACGGUGGAAUGGUCCAAAGAUGGGGAGCGCGUCGAGACGGACCGCGACAACCCCCGAUCGCACCGCAUGCUGCUGCCCAGCGGGUCGCUCUUCUUCCUGCGCAUCGUCCACGGACGGCGGAGCAAGCCCGACGACGGCAGCUACGUGUGCGUGGCCCGAAACUAUCUGGGCCAGGCGAUCAGUCACAAUGCGUCACUGGAAGUAGCCAUUUUACGUGACGACUUCCGACAGAACCCGGUGGAUGUUAUGGCUGCGGUGGGGGAGCCCGCAGUGCUGGAGUGCCAACCGCCCCGUGGGCACCCUGAACCCACCAUCUCCUGGAGAAAGGACGGAGCCAAUUUAGACGACAGAGACGAACGCAUCACAAUCCGCGGUGGCAAGCUGAUGAUCACCAACACCAGGAAGAGCGACGCGGGGAAAUACAUCUGCGUAGGAACCAACAUGGUGGGGGAGAGGGAGAGCGAGAUCGCCGAGCUCACCGUGCUGGAGCGCCCAACCUUUGUAAAGCGGCCCAGCAGUGUGGUGGUGUUGGCAGACGAGAGCGUAGAGUUCCCCUGCGUGGUUCAAGGAGACCCCGUUCCCAAUAUCCGCUGGAGGAAGGAUGAUUCUGAGCUCCCUAAGGGCAGAUUUGAAAUCCUAGAGGACCACACCUUGACACUUCGCCAAGUGACAUCCCUGGAUGAGGGCUCGUACACGUGCGUGGUGGAGAACAUGGUUGGGAAGUCUGAGACAUCCGCCACGCUCACUGUACACGUCAAUGCCGUGCCCCCAGCAUUUGCCAUACGCCCCAGGAACCAGGUGGUGACGGUGGGCAGGACGGUCACCUUCCAGUGCGAGGCCACCGGCAACCCGCAGCCAGCUAUCUUCUGGCAGAGGGAAGGCAGCGAGAGUCUCCUGUUCUCUUACCAGCCGCCGCAGCCCUACAGCCGCCUGUCCGUCUCCCAGAUGGGCAGUUUGACCGUUACUGAUGUUCAGCACUCGGACGGCGGCUUCUACAGCUGCCAGGCUCUCAACAUCGCCGGCAGUGUUAUUACCAAAGCACUGCUGGAGGUCACAGAUUCUGGGUCAGACCACCCUCCUCCUGUGAUAAGGCAGGGACCCAUCAACCAGACCGUUCCUAUGGACAGCUCGGUCGUCCUCAGGUGCCAAACCGCUGGUCCUCCGUCUCCCACAGUCCACUGGAAGAAGGACGGUAAGCUGUUGUCUCCAUUGGAGUCCCGCAUGUCCGCAACAGACACAGGAUCACUGGAGAUUCAUUCUGCUAAGCUCGGAGACACAGGCUUCUACACUUGUGUGGCUUCUAGUCCAAAUGGAGAGGCUUCCUGGACAGCAUACCUGCAAGUGGAAGAGUUUGGAGUCCAGUCCACUCAUCAAACAGACCCUGACCUGGUCCCCAGCACUCCAUCUAAACCUGAGGUGACCGACAUCAGCCGCACCUCCGUCACCCUGUCGUGGAAAACCAACCCCGGUGCCGGUGCAGCACCUGCAUCUAGUCUUAUCGAGGCAUUCAGUGAUACGUUAGGCAGCCGAUGGGUGACCCUGGCCGAGCACGUGAAGACACAGACCUUUGUUCUGAGGAACCUGAAGCCGGGAGCUGUCUACCUCUUCAUGGUCAGAGCGGUGAAUGCUUACGGCCUCAGUGACCCCAGUCCGAUCUCAGACGCUGUCAGAACACAGGACAGCGCUUCCACCAUGCAGGGGGUGGAUCAUCGUCACAUCCAGAGGGAGCUGGGAGAUGUAGUCAUCCACCUGCACACGCCCACUGUCCUGUCGUCUUCUGCUGUCCGGCUGCAGUGGAUGGUCGAGCAGCAGUCCCCGUACACCCAGGGCUACAAGGUGCUGUACAGGGCGUCUGCCGAGCACGGUCAGCCGGAGGGGCAGUGGAGCUUCCUGGAGGUGCGCGCCCCUCGAGAGGACGGGGUGGUGAUCAGUCAGCUGAAGCGAGGCUCCAUCUACGAGUUCAAAGUGCGUCCCUUUUUUGACGAGUUCCAGGGAGCUGACAGCGAGGUCAAGGUGGUUAGGACAUUGGAAGAAGCUCCUAGUAGAGCACCCCAGGGUGUCACAGUGACAAAGAGUGGCACCGAUGGAACUUCCAUCCUCAUCACUUGGAAGCCGCCUCCACACCCGGAGGAGGCAGGAGUCAUUCAGGAGUACAAGAUCUGGUGCCUGGGUAAUGAGAGUCGCUACCAUGUGAACCAGUCGGUCGACGGCUCCACCUUCGCCGUGCUCAUUUCCAGUCUGGCACCGGGAAUUCGCUACAGUGUCGAGGUGGCAGCCAGCAACAGUGCAGGCCCUGGGGUCAAAAGUGACGUCACUUUCUUUCAAUUUGACUCUGCAGGCCAGAUGAUGGACAUCAGCGUGGAAAGAGACACAUUUUCUCACAUUUCGGAUGUGGUGAGUCAGCCGGCGUUUAUCGGGGGCAUUGGCGCCACCUGCUGGUUGAUCCUCAUGAUCUUCAGCGUCUGGCUCUACCGGCACAGAAAGAAGAGAAGUGGCCUGAGCAGCACGUACACAGGCAUCCGCAAGGUCCCUUCAUUCACCUUUACACCUUCAGUUGCGUAUCAAAGAGGGGAAUCUGUGUGCAGUGCUGGCAGACCUGGCCUCCUCAGCAUGGGGGAGCCUCUCAACCAGCUGUGGCUGCCAGACAAUUGGCCGAACGCAUGUGCCAAUCACAAGGACUGCAGCAUCAACUGCUGCAAUAAUGGCAACGGCACCAGUGACAGCAACAUGACAACAUACAGCCGACCAGCCGACUGCAUCGCCAACUACGGAAACCACCCAGACAACAAACAGCUUGCUUCUGACACGGCCAUUUACUGUGACGUGGACCUCUCCAACAAGCUCAAUGAGAUUAAAACCUUCAACAACUCUAGCUUGAGUUACACGAGUCCAGGAGACGAUUCAUCCGCCACCUAUGAGCCUAUCCCCUACGCCACCACGCAGCUUAUCCAAGCCAGCAUCAAGAGUAAAGCCUCGUCUGGUGGCGCUUUAGCAGAGCCUCUGGACAUGGCCUGCUGGAAACAGCCGCCCAACCCGCCUCCGAUACCGAAGGAGAUGGUGGCACAGAUGCAGUACCACGUAAUUGAGCAGAACUUGCUGAAUAAAGAACACCUGCAAGGGAAUGAAGGAAUGAUCCAUCCCAAAAGCAUCGCCUACAGCCAGAGCCGUGAUCACAGCACCGGAGGCUCGCACCACAGCUCAGACAGAGGCAGCAACAGCACCUCAGGGAGUCAGAAUCAUAAGAAAGGGACGCGGGCACCAAAGAUCCCAAAACAUAAUGUGGUGAGCUGGGGAGAAGCCCUUUCUCCUCCUCCUCUUCCUCAUGUUAAUGCCUGGGACUGUGACGAGUACAGCCUACCCAUGGAGAGGAGAUUUGACACAGAGGGAAGAAAAGAAAGCUGUCCUACUCCACCAGUUAGAGGGGCGGUGUCUUCUCCUGCUGAAGUGUCCUAUAGUCACCCACCUUCCACAUCACUGCAGGGCGACCUGAGCACCGACCUGCACAAUGGAAACAAACACCUGAGCCAACACACCAACAGCCACCCUUGCCACCUCUCCCCGACGCACACCUACAGCUCCAUACCCCUCUGCUUGGAAGCCGACGAACAGGAAGAGGAAGAGGAGGAGGAGGAGGCAGAGGAGGAGGCGGACGCGGAGCUCGCUGACAGUCGGAACAGCCAGCGCCACAACGGGCAGAGGCACAAGCACCAGCUGCACCACCCCUCUCCACACAAGCUGCUCUUCCACGGGCUUGACCAGACCCCAGCCUCCAGCACCGGGGAUCUGGACAAAUCCGUCACGGGGUCCAUGGUGAACAGCUGGGGCUCAGCGUCUGAGGACAACAUCUCAUCGGGUAGGUCCAGUGUUGUCAGCACUUCAGAAGGAUCCUUCUUCACAGACGGGGACUUCAACCAGGCUGCAGCCUCUUCACGGGAUACCGUAGGCCUGCGCAUGUGUAGAUACCCAGAUGAGUCAGGUAAAAGAAAAGUUUGGUCUACUUCUGAUAUUUGCCGGCGGCCCCAGCGUCCCAGCAGCCCCAUGUCCACAGACAGCAACAUGAGUCCUGCAAUAACACAUAAAAGGCCCAGGAGGCAUAAACAGAACCAGUGUGGUCAGGAGGGCUACCAACCCAAAGACGUCUUCAACGAUGACUCCUGCAUGCCUCUGAGUUUCCCCAGCCACAUGUCCCAUGGCGAAUAUAAAGUGAGGGGGGCCACGCUGCCCCGGAUGGGCUCUGGGGAUGCCGGGGGUCGACGAGGCAGCACGGGGACUCACAGGGUGAGGGAGGGUGCGGCUGAGCCGGGAGAUAACCAGGACAAGCACAAGACUCCGCUGGGAGGAAAAGGAAGUAGCAGAAGCCGACAGCACUCAGAAUUCGGGGACAUCCUUCUAUACAGUCGCCCCUCUUUCCCAUCAGGCCCAGCUCUGAGGGAGCCCGAUGAUCCCAAUUCAUCCACCUUCAUGUCGUGUGGAAACUCAAGGACCAAACAGGGAGGACAGGUGGGAGAGGAUCAAGAGUUCCUGCAAAGCUAAGAAGCAACGCGAGCACAGAAGAACUAUCCUCCAGCUGCUUCAUACGAAGGACUCUGCACAACACACGCUAUCAUUUUCUAAUUAAAAUUUCUCAUUAGAUGCUGGAAAAAAAAGAAGAAAGAAAAAAAAGGUGACCUUAUGUUUGAGUCUGUUAGGACUUCACUCUGAUGCACUGUUUGUUGUUUUCUGCUCUUUUUGGG